CUGAUUCCCUGGCUUAGGCUCAAGACGUAUGCCAACUUUCCAGAAACACCUCAGGAGGAGGCUUCUCUCAGCAAUAGGCUCAAGACGUAUUCCAACUUUCCAGAAGCACCUCAGGAGGAGGCUUCUCUCAGCAAUAGGCUCAAGACGUAUGCCAACUUUCCAGAAGCACCUCAGGAGGAGGCUUCUCUCAGCAAUAGGCUCAAGACGUAUGCCAACUUUCUAAAAGCACCUCAGGAGGAGGCUUCUCUCAGCAAUAGGCUCAAGACGUAUGCCAACUUUCCAGAAACACCUCAGGAGGAGGCUUCUCUCAGCAAUAGGCUCAAGACGUAUUCCAACUUUCCAGAAGCACCUCAGGAGGAGGCUUCUCUCAGCAAUAGGCUCAAGACGUAUGCCAACUUUCCAGAAGCACCUCAGGAGGAGGCUUCUCUCAGCAAUAGGCUCAAGACGUAUGCCAACUUUCUAAAAGCACCUCAGGAGGAGGCUUCUCUCAGCAAUAGGCUCAAGACGUAUGCCAACUUUCUAAAAGCACCUCAGGAGGAGGCUUCUCUCAGCAAUAGGCUCAAGACGUACGCCAACUUUCCAGAAGCACCUCAGGAGGAGGCUUCUCUCAGCAAUAGGCUCAAGACGUAUGCCAACUUUCUAAAAGCACCUCAGGAGGAGGCUUCUCUCAGCAAUAGGCUCAAGACGUAUGCCAACUUUCCAGAAGCACCUCAGGAGGAGGCUUCUCUCAGCAAUAGGCUCAAGACGUAUGCCAACUUUCCAGAAGCACCUCAGGAGGAGGCUUCUCUCAGCAAUAGGCUCAAGACGUAUGCCAACUUUCCAAAAGCACCUCAGGAGGAGGCUUCUCUCAGCAAUAGGCUCAAGACGUAUGCCAACUUUCCAAAAGCACCUCAGGAGGAGGCUUCUCUCAGCAAUAGGCUCAAGACGUAUGCCAACUUUCCAGAAGCACCUCAGGAGGAGGCUUCUCUCAGCAAUAGGCUCAAGACGUAUGCCAACUUUCCAGAAGCACCUCAGGAGGAGGCUUCUCUCAGCAAUAGGCUCAAGACGUAUGCCAACUUUCCAGAAGCACCUCAGGAGGAGGCUUCUCUCAGCAAUAGGCUCAAGACGUAUGCCAACUUUCCAAAAGCACCUCAGGAGGAGGCUUCUCUCAGCAAUAGGCUCAAGACGUAUGCCAACUUUCCAGAAGCACCUCAGGAGGAGGCUUCUCUCAGCAAUAGGCUCAAGACGUAUUCCAACUUUCCAGAACCACCUCAGGAGGAGGCUUCUCUCAGCAAUAGGCUCAAGACGUAUGCCAACUUUCCAGAAGCACCUCAGGAGGAGGCUUCUCUCAGCAAUAGGCUCAAGACGUAUGCCAACUUUCCAGAAGCACCUCAGGAGGAGUCUUCUCUCAGCAAUAGGCUCAAGACGUAUGCCAACUUUCCAGAAGCACCUCAGGAGGAGGCUUCUCUCAGCAAUAGGCUCAAGACGUAUGCCAACUUUCCAGAAGCACCUCAGGAGGAGGCUUCUCUCAGCAAUAGGCUCAAGACGUAUGCCAACUUUCCAGAAGCACCUCAGGAGGAGGCUUCUCUCAGCAAUAGGCUCAAGACGUAUUCCAACUUUCCAGAACCACCUCAGGAGGAGGCUUCUCUCAGCAAUAGGCUCAAGACGUAUGCCAACUUUCCAGAAGCACCUCAGGAGGAGGCUUCUCUCAGCAAUAGGCUCAAGACGUAUUCCAACUUUCCAGAAGCACCUCAGGAGGAGGCUUCUCUCAGCAAUAGGCUCAAGACGUAUGCCAACUUUCCAGAAGCACCUCAGGAGGAGGCUUCUCUCAGCAAUAGGCUCAAGACGUAUGCCAACUUUCCAGAAGCACCUCAGGAGGAGGCUUCUCUCAGCAAUAGGCUCAAGACGUAUGCCAACUUUCCAGAAGCACCUCAGGAGGAGUCUUCUCUCAGCAAUAGGCUCAAGACGUAUGCCAACUUUCCAGAAGCACCUCAGGAGGAGGCUUCUCUCAGCAAUAGGCUCAAGACGUAUGCCAACUUUCCAGAAGCACCUCAGGAGGAGGCUUCUCUCAGCAAUAGGCUCAAGACGUAUGCCAACUUUCCAGAAGCACCUCAGGAGGAGGCUUCUCUCAGCAAUAGGCUCAAGACGUAUUCCAACUUUCCAGAACCACCUCAGGAGGAGGCUUCUCUCAGCAAUAGGCUCAAGACGUAUGCCAACUUUCCAGAAGCACCUCAGGAGGAGGCUUCUCUCAGCAAUAGGCUCAAGACGUAUUCCAACUUUCCAGAACCACCUCAGGAGGAGGCUUCUCUCAGCAAUAGGCUCAAGACGUAUGCCAACUUUCCAGAAGCACCUCAGGAGGAGGCUUCUCUCAGCAAUAGGCUCAAGACGUAUGCCAACUUUCCAGAAGCACCUCAGGAGGAGGCUUCUCUCAGCAAUAGGCUCAAGACGUAUGCCAACUUUCCAGAAGCACCUCAGGAGGAGGCUUCUCUCAGCAAUAGGCUCAAGACGUAUGCCAACUUUCCAGAAGCACCUCAGGAGGAGGCUUCUCUCAGCAAUAGGCUCAAGACGUAUGCCAACUUUCCAGAAGCACCUCAGGAGGAGGCUUCUCUCAGCAAUAGGCUCAAGACGUAUGCCAACUUUCCAGAAGCACCUCAGGAGGAGGCUUCUCUCAGCAAUAGGCUCAAGACGUAUGCCAACUUUCCAGAAGCACCUCAGGAGGAGGCUUCUCUCAGCAAUAGGCUCAAGACGUAUGCCAACUUUCCAGAAGCACCUCAGGAGGAGGCUUCUCUCAGCAAUAGGCUCAAGACGUAUGCCAAAUUUCCAGAAGCACCUCAGGAGGAGGUUUCUCUCAGCAAUAGGCUCAAGACGUAUGCCAACUUUCCAGAAGCACCUCAGGAGGAGGCUUCUCUCAGCAAUAGGCUCAAGACGUAUGCCAACUUUCCAGAAGCACCUCAGGAGGAGGCUUCUCUCAGCAAUAGGCUCAAGACGUAUGCCAACUUUCCAGAAGCACCUCAGGAGGAGGCUUCUCUCAGCAAUAGGCUCAAGACGUAUGCCAACUUUCCAGAAGCACCUCAGGAGGAGGCUUCUCUCAGCAAUAGGCUCAAGACGUAUGCCAACUUUCCAGAAGCACCUCAGGAGGAGGCUUCUCUCAGCAAUAGGCUCAAGACGUAUGACAACUUUCCAGAAGCACCUCAGGAGGAGGCUUCUCUCAGCAAUAGGCUCAAGACGUAUGCCAAAUUUCCAGAAGCACCUCAGGAGGAGGCUUCUCUCAGCAAUAGGCUCAAGACGUAUGCCAACUUUCCAGAAGCACCUCAGGAGGAGGCUUCUCUCAGCAAUAGGCUCAAGACGUAUGCCAACUUUCCAGAAGCAACUCAGGAGGAGGCUUCUCUCAGCAAUAGGCUCAAGACGUAUGCCAAAUUUCGAGAAGCAUCCCAGGAGGAGGCUUCUCUCAGCAAUAGGCUCAAGACGUAUGCCAACUUUCCAGAAGCACCUCAGGAGGAGGCUUCUCUCAGCAAUAGGCUCAAGACGUAUGCCAACUUUCCAGAAGCACCUCAGGAGGAGGCUUCUCUCAGCAAUAGGCUCAAGACGUAUGCCAAAUUUCCAGAAGCACCUCAGGAGGAGGCUUCUCUCAGCAAUAGGCUCAAGACGUAUGCCAACUUUCCAGAAGCACCUCAGGAGGAGGCUUCUCUCAGCAAUAGGCUCAAGACGUAUGCCAACUUUCCGGAAGCACCUCAGGAGGAGGCUUCUCUCAGCAAUAGGCUCAAGACGUAUGCCAACUUUCCAGAAGCACCUCAGGAGGAGGCUUCUCUCAGCAAUAGGCUCAAGACGUAUGCCAACUUUCCAGAAGCACCUCAGGAGGAGGCUUCUCUCAGCAAUAGGCUCAAGACGUAUUCCAACUUUCCAGAAGCACCUCAGGAGGAGGCUUCUCUCAGCAAUAGGCUCAAGACGUAUGCCAACUUUCCAGAAGCACCUCAGGAGGAGGCUUCUCUCAGCAAUAGGCUCAAGACGUAUGCCAACUUUCCAGAAGCACCUCAGGAGGAGGCUUCUCUCAGCAAUAGGCUCAAGACGUAUGCCAACUUUCCAGAAGCACCUCAGGAGGAGGCUUCUCUCAGCAAUAGGCUCAAGACGUAUUCCAACUUUCCAGAAGCACCUCAGGAGGAGGCUUCUCUCAGCAAUAGGCUCAAGACGUAUGCCAACUUUCCAGAAGCACCUCAGGAGGAGGCUUCUCUCAGCAAUAGGCUCAAGACGUAUGCCAAAUUUCCAGAAGCACCUCAGGAGGAGGCUUCUCUCAGCAAUAGGCUCAAGACGUAUUCCAACUUUCCAGAAGCACCUCAGGAGGAGGCUUCUCUCAGCAAUAGGCUCAAGACGUAUGCCAACUUUCCAGAAGCACCUCAGGAGGAGGCUUCUCUCAGCAAUAGGCUCAAGACGUAUGCCAAAUUUCGAGAAGCAUCCCAGGAGGAGGCUUCUCUCAGCAAUAGGCUCAAGACGUAUGCCAACUUUCCAGAAGCACCUCAGGAGGAGGCUUCUCUCAGCAAUAGGCUCAAGACGUAUGCCAACUUUCCAGAAGCACCUCAGGAGGAGGCUUCUCUCAGCAAUAGGCUCAAGACGUAUGCCAACUUUCCAGAAGCACCUCAGGAGGAGGCUUCUCUCAGCAAUAGGCUCAAGACGUAUGCCAACUUUCCAGAAGCACCUCAGGAGGAGGCUUCUCUCAGCAAUAGGCUCAAGACGUAUGCCAAAUUUCCAGAAGCACCUCAGGAGGAGGCUUCUCUCAGCAAUAGGCUCAAGACGUAUGCCAACUUUCCAGAAGCACCUCAGGAGGAGGCUUCUCUCAGCAAUAGGCUCAAGACGUAUGCCAACUUUCCAGAAGCACCUCAGGAGGAGUCUUCUCUCAGCAAUAGGCUCAAGACGUAUGCCAACUUUCCAGAAGCACCUCAGGAGGAGGCUUCUCGCAGCAAUAGGCUCAAGACGUAUGCCAACUUUCCAGAAGCACCUCAGGAGGAGGCUUCUCUCAGCAAUAGGCUCAAGACGUAUGCCAACUUUCCAGAAGCACCUCAGGAGGAGGCUUCUCUCAGCAAUAGGCUCAAGACGUAUGCCAACUUUCCAAAAGCACCUCAGGAGGAGGCUUCUCUCAGCAAUAGGCUCAAGACGUAUGCCAACUUUCCAGAAGCACCUCAGGAGGAGGCUUCUCUCAGCAAUAGGCUCAAGACGUAUGCCAACUUUCCAGAAGCACCUCAGGAGGAGGCUUCUCUCAGCAAUAGGCUCAAGACGUAUGCCAACUUUCCAGAAGCACCUCAGGAGGAGUCUUCUCUCAGCAAUAGGCUCAAGACGUAUGCCAACUUUCCAGAAGCACCUCAGGAGGAGGCUUCUCUCAGCAAUAGGCUCAAGACGUAUGCCAACUUUCCAGAAGCACCUCAGGAGGAGGCUUCUCUCAGCAAUAGGCUCAAGACGUAUGCCAACUUUCCAGAAGCACCUCAGGAGGAGGCUUCUCUCAGCAAUAGGCUCAAGACGUAUGCCAACUUUCCAAAAGCACCUCAGGAGGAGGCUUCUCUCAGCAAUAGGCUCAAGACGUAUGCCAACUUUCCAGAAGCACCUCAGGAGGAGGCUUCUCUCAGCAAUAGGCUCAAGACGUAUUCCAACUUUCCAGAACAACCUCAGGAGGAGGCUUCUCUCAGCAAUAGGCUCAAGACGUAUGCCAACUUUCCAGAAGCACCUCAGGAGGAGGCUUCUCUCAGCAAUAGGCUCAAGACGUAUUCCAACUUUCCAGAAGCACCUCAGGAGGAGGCUUCUCUCAGCAAUAGGCUCAAGACGUAUGCCAACUUUCCAGAAGCACCUCAGGAGGAGGCUUCUCUCAGCAAUAGGCUCAAGACGUAUGCCAACUUUCCAGAAGCACCUCAGGAGGAGGCUUCUCUCAGCAAUAGGCUCAAGACGUAUGCCAACUUUCCAGAAGCACCUCAGGAGGAGGCUUCUCUCAGCAAUAGGCUCAAGACGUAUGCCAACUUUCCAGAAGCACCUCAGGAGGAGGCUUCUCUCAGCAAUAGGCUCAAGACGUAUGCCAACUUUCCAGAAGCACCUCAGGAGGAGGCUUCUCUCAGCAAUAGGCUCAAGACGUAUGCCAACUUUCCAGAAGCACCUCAGGAGGAGGCUUCUCUCAGCAAUAGGCUCAAGACGUAUGCCAAAUUUCCAGAAGCACCUCAGGAGGAGGUUUCUCUCAGCAAUAGGCUCAAGACGUAUGCCAACUUUCCAGAAGCACCUCAGGAGGAGGCUUCUCUCAGCAAUAGGCUCAAGACGUAUGCCAACUUUCCAGAAGCACCUCAGGAGGAGGCUUCUCUCAGCAAUAGGCUCAAGACGUAUGCCAACUUUCCAGAAGCACCUCAGGAGGAGGCUUCUCUCAGCAAUAGGCUCAAGACGUAUGCCAACUUUCCAGAAGCACCUCAGGAGGAGGCUUCUCUCAGCAAUAGGCUCAAGACGUAUGCCAACUUUCCAGAAGCACCUCAGGAGGAGGCUUCUCUCAGCAAUAGGCUCAAGACGUAUGCCAACUUUCCAGAAGCACCUCAGGAGGAGGCUUCUCUCAGCAAUAGGCUCAAGACGUAUGCCAACUUUCCAGAAGCACCUCAGGAGGAGGCUUCUCUCAGCAAUAGGCUCAAGACGUAUGCCAACUUUCCAGAAGCACCUCAGGAGGAGGCUUCUCUCAGCAAUAGGCUCAAGACGUAUGCCAACUUUCCAGAAGCACCUCAGGAGGAGGCUUCUCUCAGCAAUAGGCUCAAGACGUAUGCCAACUUUCCAGAAGCACCUCAGGAGGAGGCUUCUCUCAGCAAUAGGCUCAAGACGUAUGCCAACUUUCCAGAAGCACCUCAGGAGGAGGCUUCUCUCAGCAAUAGGCUCAAGACGUAUGCCAACUUUCCAGAAGCACCUCAGGAGGAGGCUUCUCUCAGCAAUAGGCUCAAGACGUAUGCCAAAUUUCCAGAAGCAUCCCAGGAGGAGGCUUCUCUCAGCAAUAGGCUCAAGACGUAUGCCAACUUUCCAGAAGCACCUCAGGAGGAGGCUUCUCUCAGCAAUAGGCUCAAGACGUAUGCCAACUUUCCAGAAGCACCUCAGGAGGAGGCUUCUCUCAGCAAUAGGCUCAAGACGUAUGCCAAAUUUCCAGAAGCACCUCAGGAGGAGGCUUCUCUCAGCAAUAGGCUCAAGACGUAUGCCAACUUUCCAGAAGCACCUCAGGAGGAGGCUUCUCUCAGCAAUAGGCUCAAGACGUAUGCCAACUUUCCAGAAGCACCUCAGGAGGAGGCUUCUCUCAGCAAUAGGCUCAAGACGUAUGCCAACUUUCCAGAAGCACCUCAGGAGGAGGCUUCUCUCAGCAAUAGGGUCAAGACGUAUUCCAACUUUCCAGAAGCACCUCAGGAGGAGGCUUCUCUCAGCAAUAGGCUCAAGACGUAUGCCAACUUUCCAGAAGCACCUCAGGAGGAGGCUUCUCUCAGCAAUAGGCUCAAGACGUAUGCCAAAUUUCCAGAAGCACCUCAGGAGGAGGCUUCUCUCAGCAAUAGGCUCAAGAGGUAUGCCAACUUUCCAGAAGCACCUCAGGAGGAGGCUUCUCUCAGCAAUAGGCUCAAGACGUAUGCCAACUUUCCAGAAGCAACUCAGGAGGAGGCUUCUCUCAGCAAUAGGCUCAAGACGUAUGCCAAAUUUCGAGAAGCAUCCCAGGAGGAGGCUUCUCUCAGCAAUAGGCUCAAGACGUAUGCCAACUUUCCAGAAGCACCUCAGGAGGAGGCUUCUCUCAGCAAUAGGCUCAAGACGUAUGCCAACUUUCCGGAAGCACCUCAGGAGGAGGCUUCUCUCAGCAAUAGGCUCAAGACGUAUGCCAAAUUUCCAGAAGCACCUCAGGAGGAGGCUUCUCUCAGCAAUAGGCUCAAGACGUAUGCCAACUUUCCAGAAGCACCUCAGGAGGAGGCUUCUCUCAGCAAUAGGCUCAAGACGUAUGCCAACUUUCCAGAAGCAACUCAGGAGGAGGCUUCUCUCAGCAAUAGGCUCAAGACGUAUGCCAACUUUCCAGAAGCACCUCAGGAGGAGGCUUCUCUCAGCAAUAGGCUCAAGACGUAUGCCAACUUUCCAGAAGCAACUCAGGAGGAGGCUUCUCUCAGCAAUAGGCUCAAGACGUAUGCCAACUUUCCAGAAGCAACUCAGGAGGAGGCUUCUCUCAGCAAUAGGCUCAAGACGUAUGCCAACUUUCCAGAAGCACCUCAAGAGGAGGUUUAUCUCAGCAAUAGGCUCAAGACGUAUGCCAACUUUCCAGAAGCACCUCAAGAGGAGGAUUAUCUCAGCAAUAGGCUCAAGACGUAUGCCAACGUUCCACAAGCAACUCAGGAGGAGGCUUCUCUCAGCAAUAGGCUCAAGACGUAUGCCAACUUUCCACAAGCAUCUCAGGAGGAGGCUUCUCUCAGCAAUAGGCUCAAGACGUAUGCCAACUUUCCAGAAGCAACUCAGGAGGAGGCUUCUCUCAGCAAUAGGCUCAAGACGUAUGCCAACUUUCCAGAAGCACCUCAGGAGGAGGCUUCUCUCAGCAAUUGGCUCAAGACGUAUGCCAAUUUUCCACAAGCAACUCAGGAGGAGGCUUCUCUCAGCAAUAGGCUCAAGACGUAUGUCAACUUUCCAGAAGCACCUCAGGAGGAGGCUUCUCUCAGCAGUAGGCUCAAGACGUAUGCCAACUUUCCAGAAGCACCUCAAGAGGAGGUUUAUCUCAGCAAUAGGCUCAAGACGUAUGCCAACUUUCCAGAAGCACCUCAAGAGGAGGAUUAUCUCAGCAAUAGGCUCAAGACGUAUGCCAACUUUCCAGAAGCACCUCAGGAGGAGGCUUCUCUCAGCAAUAGGCUCAAGACGUAUGCCAACUUUCCAGAAGCACCUCAGGAGGAGGCUUCUCUCAGCAAUAGGCUCAAGACGUAUGCCAAAUUUCCAGAAGCACCUCAGGAGGAGGCUUCUCUCAGCAAUAGGCUCAAGACGUAUGCCAACUUUCCAGAAGCAACUCAGGAGGAGGCUUCUCUCAGCAAUAGGCUCAAGACGUAUGCCAACUUUCCAGAAGCACAUCAGGAGGAGGCUUCUCUCAGCAAUAGGCUCAAGACGUAUGCCAACUUUCCAGAAGCACCUCAGGAGGAGGCUUCUCUCAGCAAUAGGCUCAAGACGUAUGCCAACUUUCCAGAAGCACCUCAGGAGGAGGCUUCUCUCAGCAAUAGGCUCAAGACGUAUGCCAACUUUCCAGAAGCACCUCAGGAGGAGGCUUCUCUCAGCAAUAGGCUCAAGACGUAUGCCAACUUUCCAGAAGCACCUCAGGAGGAGGCUUCUCUCAGCAAUAGGCUCAAGACGUAUGCCAACUUUCCAGAAGCACCUCAGGAGGAGGCUUCUCUCAGCAAUAGGCUCAAGACGUAUGCCAACUUUCCAGAAGCACCUCAGGAGGAGGCUUCUCUUAGCAAUAGGCUCAAGACGUAUGCCAACUUUCCAGAAGCACCUCAGGAGGAGGCUUCUCUCAGCAAUAGGCUCAAGACGUAUGCCAACUUUCCAGAAGCACAUCAGGAGGAGGCUUCUCUCAGCAAUAGGCUCAAGACGUAUGCCAACUUUCCAGAAGCAUCUCAGGAGGAGGCUUCUCUCAGCAAUAGGCUCAAGACGUAUGCCAACUUUCCAGAAGCACCUCAAGAGGAGGCUUCUCUCAGCAAUAGGCUCAAGACGUAUGCCAACUUUCCAGAAGCACAUCAGGAGGAGGCUUCUCUCAGCAAUAGGCUCAAGACGUAUGCCAGCUUUCCAGAAGCAACUCAGGAGGAGGCUUCUCUCAGCAAUAGGCUCAAGACGUAUGCCAAAUUUCCAGAAGCACCUCAGGAGGAGGCUUCUCUCAGCAAUAGGCUCAAGACGUAUGCCAACUUUCCAGAAGCACCUCAGGAGGAGGCUUCUCUCAGCAAUAGGCUCAAGACGUAUGCCAACUUUCCAGAAGCACCUCAGGAGGAGGCUUCUCUCAGCAGUAGGCUCAAGACGUAUGCCAACUUUCCAGAAGCACCUCAGGAGGAGGCUUCUCUCAGCAAUAGGCUCAAGACGUAUGCCAACUUUCCAGAAGCACCUCAAGAGGAGGCAUCUCUCAGCAACAGGCUCAAGAUGUAUGCCAACUUUCCAGAAGCAACUCAGGAAGAGGCUUCUCUCAGCAAUAGGCUCAAGACGUAUGCCAACUUUCCAGAAGCACCUCAGGAAGAGGCUUCUCUCAGCAAUAGGCUCAAGCCAUAUGCCAACUUUCCAGAAGCAGCCCAGGAGGAGGCUUCUCUCAGCAAUAGGCUGAAGACGCAUGCCAACUUUCCAGAAGCACCUCAAGAGGAGGCUUCUCUCAUCAAUAGGCUCAAGCCAUAUGCCAACUUUCCAGAAGCACCCAAGGAGGAGGCUUCUCUCAGCAAUAGGCUCAAGCCGUAUGCCAACUUUCCAGAAGCACCCCAGGAGGAGGCUUCUCUCACCAAUAGGCUCAAGACGUAUGCCAACUUUCCAGAAGCACCUCAAGAGGAGGCUUCUCUCAUCAAUAGGCUCAAGCCAUAUGCCAACUUUCCAGAAGCACCCAAGGAGGAGGCUUCUCUCAGCAAUAGGCUCAAGACGUUUGCCAACUUUCCAGAAGGACCUCAGGAGGAGGCUUCUCUCAGCAAUAGGCUCAAGACGUUUGCCAACUUUCCAGAAGCACCUCAGGAGGAGGCUUUCCUCAGCAAUAGGCUGAAGACGUAUGCCAACUUUCCAGACGCACCUCAAGAGGAGGCUUCUCUCAUCAAUAGGCUCAAGACGUAUGCCAACUUUCCAGAAGCACCUCAGGAGGAGGCUUCUCUCAGCAAUAGGCUCAAGACGUAUGCCAACUUUCCAGAAGCACCUCAAGAGGAGGCUUCUCUCAUCAAUAGGCUCAAGACGUAUGCCAACUUUCCAGAAGUACCUCAGGAGGAGGCUUCUCUCAGCAAUAGGCUCAAGCCGUAUGCCAACAUUCCAGAAGCGCCCCAGGAGGAGGCUUCUCUCAGCAAUAGGCUCAAGACGUAUGCCAACUUUCCAGAAGCACCUCAAGAGGAGGCUUCUCUCAGCAAUAGGCUCAAGACGUAUGCCAACUUUCCAGAAGCACCUCAGGAGGAGGCUUCUCUCAGCAAUAGGCUCAAGACGUAUGCCAACUUUCCAGAAGCACCUGAGGAGGAGGCUUCUCUCAGCAAUAGCCUCAAGCCGUAUGCCAACUUUCCAGAAGCACCCCAGGAGGAGGCUUCUCUCAGCAAUAGGCUCAAGACGUAUGCCAACUUUCCAGAAGCACCUCAAGAGGAGGCUUCUCUCAUCAAUAGCCUCAAGCCGUAUGCCAACUUUCCAGAAGCACCCCAGGAGGAGGCUUCUGUCAGCAAUAGGCUCAAGACGUAUGCCAACUUUCCAGAAGCACCUCAAGAGGAGGCUUCUCUCAUCAAUAGGCUCAAGACGUAUGCCAACUUUCCAGAAGCACCUCAUGAGGAGGCUUUUCUCAGCAAUAGGCUCAAGACGUAUGCCAACUUUCCAGAAGUACCUCAGGAGGAGGCUUCUCUCAGCAAUAGGCUCAAGACGUAUGCCAACUUUCCAGAAGCCCCUCAGGAGGAGGCUUCUCUCAGCAAUAGGCUCAAGCCGUAUGCCAACAUUCCAGAAGCACCCCAGGAGGAGGCUUCUCUCAGCAAUAGGCUCAAGACGUAUGCCAACUUUCCAGAAGCACCUCAAGAGGAGGCUUCUCUCAGCAAUAGGCUCAAGACCUAUGCCAACUUUACAGAAGCACCUCAGGAGGAGGCUUCUCUCAGCAAUAGGCUCAAGACGUAUGCCAACUUUCCAGAAGCACCUCAGGAGGAGGCUUCUCUCAGCAAUAGGCUCAAGACGUAUGCCAACUUUCCAGAAGCACCUGAGGAGGAGGCUUCUCUCAGCAAUAGCCUCAAGCCGUAUGCCAACUUUCCAGAAGCACCCCAGGAGGAGGCUUCUCUCAGCAAUAGGCUCAAGACGUAUGCCAACUUUCCAGAAGCACCUCAAGAGGAGGCUUCUCUCAUCAAUAGCCUCAAGCCGUAUGCCAACUUUCCAGAAGCACCCCAGGAGGAGGCUUCUGUCAGCAAUAGGCUCAAGACGUAUGCCAACUUUCCAGAAGCACCUCAAGAGGAGGCUUCUCUCAUCAAUAGGCUCAAGACGUAUGCCAACUUUCCAGAAGCACCUCAAGAGGAGGCUUCUCUCAUCAAUAGGCUGAAGACGCAUGCCAACUUUCCAGAAGCACCUCAAGAGGAGGCUUCUCUCAUCAAUAGGCUCAAGACGUUUGCCAACUUUCCAGAAGCACCUCAGGAGGAGGCUUUUCUCAGCAAUAGUUAUGUGAGCCAUUCCCCGUUCCUCAUUCAACACGACCGGUGGCUCGACAUCCUUCAGGCAACUCCAGAGAUGCCCCGAGAACACUGUCCCAAGUCUAGAGGAACACCAACUUCAGCACAGCAAUUCGAGGAAUGCUCCGUGUACCUCAAAUCGUCUCUAGAUGAGAGCUGA